AUGUGGUCUGGUGAAUUACACCUCUGGCGCAUUCCAGUUCCUGAGCUUUGGAGAGACAUCCUGGAAAAGAUUAAAGCAGCGGGUUUUAAUACCAUUGCACUUUAUGAACAUUGGGGCUGGCAUGCCCCUAACAAUGAAACGCUGGAUUUUGAAAACGGUGCCCACGACUUUGCCAAGGCCUUUGAAGUUGCUCAAGAGAUUGGUCUUUACAUCGUCUAUCGACCAGGACCUUACAGCAAUGCUGAAGCGAACGGAGGUGGCUUUCCUGGUUGGCUCACAACAGGAGAGUAUGGGCCACUCCGUGAUGAUCACCCCAAAUACACCGCCGCCUGGCAGCGAUAUUCCAAAGCUGUUGCCGACUACGUGCGCCCCUAUCUUAUAACCAACGGGGGACCCAUUAUCAUGUGGCAACUCGAAAAUGAAUACCCAAACCAGUUUACCAAUCCCGAUUUGAAGACGCCAAAUCAGACUGCCAUCAAUUAUAUGGAGCUGUUAGAGUCUUCUCAUCGCGAAUGGGAUAUCGACGUCCCCUUUACUGCGAAUAACCCUAACAUGUGGUCUCGUUCCUGGUCUAAAGAUUACAGUAAUGUCGGUGGUGAAGUUGACGUAUACGGACUUGAUCAUUACCCAGCCUGCUGGACUUGCAACCUCCAACAAUGCCUGGCCAUUAACGGUGCCGUUGAGCCUUACACAGUCUUCAAUUACUACGAUCACUUCCAGAGCGUUGCCUGGACGCAACCAUCCUUUCUCAUGGAAUUCCAAGGCGGUUCUUUUAACCCCUGGGAUGGACCCGCUGGUGGCUGCGGCGAGAACAUUGGCCCAACCUGGGUCAACCUCUUUUACCGUCACAACCUUGCUCAAAAGGUCUCGGCGGUCAAUAUCUAUAUGCUGUAUGGCGGCACUAACUGGGGCAACAUCGGCUUCCCUGAAGUUGGGACUAGCUACGACUAUUCUGCACCUAUUCAAGAGAGCCGGUUGAUUGGCGACAAAUUCAAUGAGGGCAAGCUAUUUGGCUAUUUCAUGCGUGUCGCUCGCGACUUCGCAAAGGUCGAACGCGUCGGCAAUGGCACACAUUACUCGACUAAUCCUGACGUGUUUGCCACCGAGCUUCGUAAUCCCGACACAAAUGCCGCAUUCUGGGUUGUUCGUCAUGAGUACUCCCCGUCCACUGAGUUCUCCCAAUUCCAUCUACACGUUUCUACGGAGAUUGGAGAUCUUACAAUUCCACGCAACAACUCCAUCACCCUUAACGGUAUACAAUCCAAGACUUUAGUUACAGAUUUCCGUAUCGGGUCGACUGACAAGAAGAUCACUUACUCGACGGCCGAGAUCCUCACUAUCGCUGACCUAGGGGACCGACAAGUAGUAGUUUUUUGGGCCCCUCGCGGAGAGGCUGGAGAAUUCUUGCUCAAAGACGCGACUUCUGGGAAGCAAACAGGCAACUCGACGUGUCAAAGCGUUCAAUUCACUCCCUCAAAGGAUGGAAUCAUUACCAGCUUUGUAUCCAAGUCUAAGAAUGUGGUCGUAAACUAUGACAAUGGCAUUCAGGCGGUCAUUGCUGAUCGCGAGUCAGCUUAUGCCUUUUGGGCUCCAACUCUGGACAAUGAUCCUUUGGCUUGGGAAAACACUACUGUCCUGGUGCAUGGCCCAUAUUUGGUGCGAGCCGCUAGCAUCAGCGGAGACACAAUCCAUGUCACUGGCGAUUGGAGUGGGGAGACUGAGGUGGAGAUUUGGGCCCCGAAAUCGGUGAACAAAGCUACCUUCAACGGUGCUGCUCUCGAUGUAAUUCAGUCCCCUUACGGCACCUUGGUUGGCAAACUGGGAGCCUCGGAUGUAACCGUUCAGAGCGUCGAGGCACAGCUGCCACCCUUGACCGAAUGGAAGGUCGCCGACGGCCUCCCCGAGACCGAUCCAACAUAUGAUGAUUCUCGAUGGACUGAUGCUGACCAUGACACGACCCCUCACUUCAUCCCACCGGACACUUUUCCUGUCCUGUUCGCUGAUGAGUACGGCUAUCAAGCCGGUAACAUUUUAUGGCGAGGGCGUUUUAAUUCUUCGGUCGACAAUGCCCCUUCAGGAGUCUACCUCCGCGUUAUUGGUGGUCUAGCCAGCGGCUUCUCAGCUUAUCUAAACGGAGAGUUUAUCGGCGCUUGGCUUGGGGCUAUGGCUAACAAGACCGGAGAGCUGUAUGCCUCCUUCGAAGGGGUAAAUCUGCUACCAGACUCCGAGAAUGUUCUAUUUGUGAUUCAGGACACGAUGGGCAAAGAGCAACGUGAAGCUGCCCCUGAUCCUCGAGGUAUACUGGCCGCGAGGCUCAUGGGUGUUGAAAACGCAACCUUCAACUUCAAUUCGUGGAAGGUCGCAGGAAAUGCUGGCGGAAACCAUCUUAUUGAGCCGGUGCGCGGCACAUACAACGAGGGCGGCCUUCACGCUGAGCGCCUUGGCUGGCACUUGCCAGGGUUUGACGACAGCGCAUGGGAGACUGGUUUGCCAAGCGACGGCUUCGAGGGCGCGGAUGCACGCUUUUAUCGCACUGUUGUUCCCCUGGACCUGCCCCAAGGACAUGACAUUAGCUUGGCUUUCGAACUGCACACUGCGAACAGAGCCAAGCUCCGAGCGCAGUUGUAUGUCAACGGGUACCAGUUUGCGAAGAUCCUACCUUACAUCGGUAAUGAGUUUACGUUCCCUGUUUUCCCAGGCAUCCUUGACUAUCACGGCGACAACACCAUUGGGCUUAGUAUUUGGUCUCAAGACAUGGCGGGGGCUGCUGUCGAGGUGAAAUGGAAGGUCCUUGGUGUCCAUCAGUCUGCUUUAGACCUAUCAUUCGACAGCGAAUACCUCCGGCCUGCUUGGGAGGACCGCAGUCAGUAUGCUUAG